AUGGGCAGCAGCGAGUGUGACGUUGAGCAUGGCGUAGAUGCCCUGCGUCUCUCGUCCAGCUCUGUGCACAUUCCACAUACAACACAACACGCCAAGCCUUCAAAAUACAUGGCUCUUGAAACUAGCGGCACUAAACACUCACUCUGCGAACAUUGGGACGAAAGUAUCGGUUAUUGCGUCCAUAGACUUGCGCGAACCAUGCGUCGACAUGCACAUACUCCGUCAUGUACCCUUAACAAUACAGUCUCUAGAUUACAUCUUGAGAUUGAGAAUUCAAUACGUUUUUAUCUACAGCAUCUCGUCGUGUUCCAGCGUGAGAUGCUUUGUGGUGUAGCAGCCAUGCUGCUUAUGAUUCCCGAAACUGUGGCCUUUAGCUAUGCAGCAAAUUUGGAUCCUCUUAAUGGUUUAUACGCCACAGGCUUCCUUGCUCUUUCUGUGAGCUUGUUUGGGGGUGUCCCAUCAACUGUUGCUGGAGCUGCAGGUGCUGUAGCUAUGGUCAUGCCAACUAUCACCAGUAGCACAGGUUCACUGGAUUAUUUAACGUACGAAGAACGACUCGAACAUUUGUUUGUAGCUGUCACAAUUGCUGGUAUAUUUGAAUUACUUUUUGGCUUAUUUCAACUCUCCAAACUCUUUACUAUGAUUCCACGUACUGCUCAUAUUGGAUUUCUCAAUGGUUUGGCACUUAUGAUGUUUCUAUCUCAAAAAACAACCAUUCAAAUAUGUACAAACGACACAAUGCGCUUUGGUGAGUGUGAAAUGGAAAAUAAACUUGAGUAUAUGAGUGUCGCAUCUCCUAUAACGUGGGUGACCAUUGCGUUGGUCUUAGUCACGAUGGCUAUUAUGCACUUAUUCCCUAGAAUACCAUUUGUUGGUCAAUUGAUUCCACCAACACUUCUUGCAGCAAUUAUUGGUGUUGGAUUUGAAUUUGGCAUUAAUCGUCCAUUUUUGGGGUACAAUGUACGGACAAUUGGAGAUACAUCUCCUUUGAAUGGAGGUUUACCAACAUUUGCUAUCCCUGAGUUUAGCAACAUACAAGACUGGGGUGUCGUACUAUCCACAGCGGCGAGUAUCAUGGCAGUUGGACUUUUUGAGUCGCUUAUGACAUUGCAAUCUGUGGUUGACUUGAAAAAGGAACAACUCUCGCAAACAGCUACACGAAAAGAAUGUAUCGCUCAAGGUGUCGGCAAUAUUUUGUGUGGCUUGUUUUCAGGCAUGGGAGGCUGUUCUAUGAUUGCACAAUCCAAUGGCAAUAUUUUGAAUGGUGCGCGGCACCGUCUAUCAUCUUUUAUGUGUGGGAUCUGCACGUUUCUCGUCGUCUUUUUCGCUAGUCCUUUGAUUGAACGUGUUCCUGUCGCUUGUUUAACGGGAAUUCUCUUUGUCAUUGUCAUUCAUACAUUCUAUUGGCCAACAUUCAAACUUCUUUUUCGGAUCAAGAUUACAGAUGCUAUUGCCAUUGUUCUCGUGACUGUACUCGCUGCUGCAAUGAAUUUAGCUAUUGCUGUGAUUGUUGGGGUGAUCUGGCAAUGUCUUGUGAAUAGCUGGCAAAGUGGCCGAAUGCUCACUUUUCACACGGGUACGAUCUUUGUUCCUGUUGUGAAUGUGCACGGCAGUGCAAGUGAAAACGAACUACUAAUGAGUCAAGAAGAAGCCAAAAUCUAUUACUUGAAAGGGCAACUUCUAUUUUCUUCAGUGGCUUGCUUUCGUGAUUUUUUUGAUGUCAAGAACGAUCCGAAUGUUGUGAUUUUAGAUAUGCAAGACUGUGGUUUUGCAGACUUUUCCGCUGUUGCGGCAUUGCGAGAGGCUGCAAUGCGUUACCGUGAGGCUGGAAAGACGUUAGUGGCUCGAAAUCUUGACGACAAAUCGCUGGAUUUACUGUCUCACGAUUUUGGAUGGAUUUCUGUUGAGCAUAUUCAAAAUGAGAUACCGGGUACUGAGAAUGAAUACGUCAAGAACAAAUUCGACCUUGAACGAACAUCUCAAGGAUCGUUGCAUCAACUUCAUAUUGUGUCUCCUAGUGAUGUUUCUACAGCGUAUCGUGCGGCAGCUUUGUGA